GUCGACGCGUUCGCGCGCGCGGCGCCGCACCUGACGAAGCGAACGCGCGCGGGCGCGUGCGUCUCCGUCGUCGGCGUCGUCCUCGCGUGCGCGCUCGCGCUGGUUGAGAUAACAGAUUUUCUCACGCCGACGCGCGCGAAGACGCACGGCGUGGACGACGCGAGGAACGCGACGCUGCGAAUAGAGAUAGACGUGACGUUCCCGCGAAUGCCGUGCCAGUUGCUGUACGUGGACGCGUACGAUGAGAGCGGGAAACACGAGGUGGACGCGCGAGGACUGUUGCUCAAGACGCGGUUGGACGCGAGCGGACGCGCGAUCGGGGAGUACGAGAGCGCGGGAGGGGUGGAUUUAGGAGGAUUGGUGUUGUUUCAGCGACGACCCGAACACGCGCACGAGGUGCGGGAGGCGAAGGCGGACGUGGAGGGGUGCCGAUUGCACGGGGAAUUGGAGGCGCGGCGCGUGGCGGGGACGCUGCGCGCGUCGACGGGGCCGGAGAGUUAUGAGUUUUUGAAAGAGAUUUACGACGAACCGUGGGAGAUCGACAUGCGGCACGCGGUGAAAACGUUCACUUUCGGGGCCGAGUUUCCGGGGGCGGUGAAUCCGAUGAACGGAGUGCGGCGGAUGGAGACGAAGAGCGGGAUUUACAAGUACUUUAUGAAAGUCGUGCCGACGACGUACUCUUCGACGCGAGCGCUCUUCGGUUUCAUACCUUGGACCGUGCGCACGCGAACGAAUCAAUACAGCGUCACGGAACAUUUCAUCGAAACUCCACAUUGGGGUGCGUUGCCGCAGUUGUUCUUUAUUUACGACUUAUCCGCCAUCGCCGUGAACAUAACGGUGACUUCGAAGAGCAUCGUGUAUUUUCUCACCAAGACGUUGGCGACGAUGGGUGGCAUCUUCGCGUUGACGCGAACGGUCGAUAGAUACAUC